GCGUGUUCUGUGAAUGGGGGAUUGACCGCGUUCUCUAUCUCAUGCUAAUACAAGAAGUCGAAACUGUCCUGUACGAAGAAACCAGUUAAUCUUUUUUUUGUUGGUUUGAAAGAGUUUUUGUCUCAGGUAUUUACAACUUAAAAUACAAUCACUGUUACCGUUUUCUUUGGAGUUUUUGUAAUGGGAGUUUGACUUUUAAGUGCGCACGUUCACUCUUCAUUGGACUUCAGGGAAAGAGGUAAAAGGCCACAGGUGAGCCUCGGGUCCUGGUUAUCUUCAUCAUGUGUUAGCAGUAGCAGUGCAAUUCUUUCACCUCAGGUUACAUAGGACAGCGGAGAUGUUCAUCAGCCCCAGGACCUUGUUAAAAUGUGUCUGGUUGCAGAUGCAUCUUACAUGUGCACUAAAAUCAUGUCCUACAGUCCCACAAAUGAAUGUAAACUUUUCUGUUACCUAUUCUGUCUCUUUUUUCCAAACCGCAAAAGCCAUACAGAACAUAGUUGUAAAUGAAAAUUUUAAUGAGGUUUAUGUGGCCUCUCAAAACGUGGUUGAAGCCUUGGACAAAAAUCUCACCAAACUAUGGAAAAUAAGAACCGGGCCAGUUGGCAGUUCAGAUUGUGAAACCUGUCAUUGUGAUAUUGAGAAUGAACCGGGAAUGCCACUGGACACAGAUAACCAAGUUCUUGUUUUAGAGCCUCAGGGCUAUUUUGACUUCCUGUACAUCUGUGGGAGCACACAGUUUGGAGUCUGUAACUUCCUUGAACUUAAUCAAAGCGAAAGACCCUCAAACCCUGAAUGUUUUUUUGAUAAAAGGGCCAACUCACCCUUAGCUUGUCCUGACUGUGUCGCUAGUCCUCUGGGAACAAAGGUCAGCGCGGUCAAAGAUGGUUUUUCAACGUAUUUCUUUACAGCAGCUACCAUCAAUACCACCAUUGCUGGAUCUUUUGGCAAACAGUCCCUUUCUAUUCGUCGCUUGCUUGCCACAGAAAAUGGUUUUGACAGCCAAGUGAAGGGUCUGACAGUUCUUCCUGAAUUUCAGGAUACAUUUACCAUCGACUACAUCUAUACGUUCUCUACGAUAGAAUAUGUGUAUUUCUUAUCUGUACAGUGGGAGAGCCCGAUGAAACCGAACGCCAAGUUGCAGACCCAUCUUGGGCGGCUGCCGAUCAAGGACAGUGAGCCUUGGAUGUACAGGGAAAUCGUUCUGGAAUGCCGCUUUGAGCCCAAACGCAGGAGAAGGAGCUCAUGGAUUAAGGAUAUUGUGUACAACUCGGUUCAAGCUGCUCAUUUCAGUACGGCAGGCAAGGAGCUGGCUGAUGAGAUAGGAGUGAAGAUGGACAGUCCAAUUCUUUAUGGGGUGUUUGCUGAAACAGAUGAAAAGGGGAAUCCUAUCAGAAAGUCUGCCUUGUGCGCAUUUCCAAUAGGUGAUGUAAACAGUGAGAUUGAGGAAGGGGUAGAGUCCUGCUGUUCAAGUGGGACAGAGCAGCUCUCUCGGGGAUUGUGCCAUUUUCAGCCCUGUGAAAUGUGCCCACAUGAGAACCCAGAUGAUUUGACUUGCAACGCUAUCCCCACAAUGGUGGCAAAGCCUUGCUACAGAGUGGACUUCUUCGAUAGGCGGAUGAACAAUGUGCUCUUCACUUCUAUUCUGGUGACCACCAUUGAGACCAAGACUGUGGCACACAUCGGCACGGAUGAUGGAAGGCUCUUGCAGGUUAUUCUGAGCAGAUCGUCCCUUGUAGUGUUUGCCAACUACUCUCUUGUGGAAGAAAUGCAGAAAGUGUCACGAAUAGCUGCCGUUCAUUCUUCCGAGUCUCUGCUCUUUGUCGUUGGAAACAAGCUGAUAAAUGUGUCUCCCAGAGGUCCAGGCUGUGCCCAUUUCUUCAACUGUUCAGUGUGUUUAGCGGCCCCCAAGUUUAUGGGAUGUGGCUGGUGUGAUGGAGUCUGUUCCCAGAUGCAUCAGUGUAAGGAUCAGUGGAGCAGCAACUCCUGCCCUCCAGUAAUCACCCAGUUUUUCCCCAGCAUGGUGCCCUCAAAUGGUAAGAGUGAAAUCACUCUUUGCGGCUGGAACUUCCAGUCAUCUUUCCGACCUGCUAUCACUCAAACCUCUCACCAGGUUUACGUGGGAAAAAGUAGCUGCACUGUUAUACCAGAAAAAAGCAGUAGCUCCCAGCUGGUGUGUAGGAUUGAUGGUGAGGUGUCAGGCCUGGAGCGAACUGUUGAUAUAACAAUACAAGUGGAUGAAAAGAGCGUGGAAAGUGGAUACUUCAUCUCUGGGAAGGCUAGCAUACAAGGCUUCAGUUUUGUGACCCCAGAAAUCACAGAUAUCAGUCCAGGCUUAGGACCUAAGAUUGGAGGAACCCUGAUCACCCUGUCAGGAAAAUAUCUGGAUGCUGGUGGAAGCAGAACGGUCAGCCUUGGAGACAGAAUUUGCCCUGUUCAAAGCAUCUCCAGCGAUGGGACGUCUGUUGUUUGUAGGUCUGAAGGUGCUGAGGAGACUUCAGAGGUAGAUGUAAAGGUUUUAAUUGAUGAAUCAACUAUUUCAGCCACAAAAAAGUUCAGAUAUGUGGUGAAUCCUGAGGUGACGACUGUGAAGCCCAACUGUGGUUUUAGAAGAGGAUCAAAAAUCACUAUCAUCGGGCAGAACCUGGACUCCGUUUCCCAAGCCGUAAUUAUCUACAAAGGCAGCAACACAACACCUGUGCAAACCGUGUGUGUUAGUCAAGGGAAUCCCAACCAGAUGGAGUGUACAAGCCCAGUAUGUGAGGAGUCAACGGGAAUCCUCUCUGUGGAUCUGGAUGGAGCCAAGGAACUCCUGCCUCAGACAUUUACCUGCCAUGCUAAUGGAGAACCCAUCCCAUUUGAAACAGAAGGUCAUGUGCUUGAGCUCAGCCCAGGACAGGACAAAGUCUCACUGCAUCACAAAAAACUAGCCCUGGUGUCUGAUUGCAUGAAAAUCAUUAUGACAAUUAAUGGAGUGGAUUGCAAAGCUACAGUUCUGGACAAUGAGGUCACCUGCAGGAUCCCCAAAAAUCUGACUAUCCCUAGCCAGGGGGUGCCAGUUAAGCUGUUAGUGAACGGAGAAGAAUAUGACAUUGGUGUAGUAGUAACUACAAACAGCAAUUUUAUUGUGGGCAUGGUGCUGUGCAUCUUGGCUGCAAUUGGCGUGGGAGCAGCUCUGGCUUACGUAGCCAUGGCAAGAGAGCGCAAGAAAAGGAAAUCAGCUGCGCUUGCUCAGGUUCGACUAUCGCUGCAUUCAACUCACACUGCGGUGGAGAAUUAUGACAGAUCACCUGAUGGUGACUACAGAAGAGGUCUGACGGUUUCUCCAUUCCAAGGCUCGAGCACAACAUUCUCCAGUCUGCCGUAUGCUGGGACAAUGGACUCUGCAGUAGCUCCUUUGAUUCAAUCUCAGGCAAUCUCAAUGUCCGCUCUCCGGCCAGAUCUGUUGGAGGAGGUGAAGAAUGUUUUGAUCCCACAUAAUAAGGUUAAAAUCCAGCAUGACCAAAUCAUCGGCAAAGGUCAUUUUGGAACUGUGUAUCAUGGAUAUCUUACUGAUAGUGAUGAAAAAGAGACCCACUGUGCUGUCAAAUCAUUGAAUAGGAUCACUGAUCUGGAGGAGGUGGAGCAGUUUUUAAGAGAAGGAAUCUUUAUGAAGGCCUUCCACCACCCUCAUGUCCUGUCCCUCUUGGGCAUUGUGCUUCCCAGUGAUGGACUUCCCCUGGUGAUCCUGCCAUACAUGAAACACGGAGACCUUCGGCAUUUUAUCCGCUCUGCACAGAGGAAUCCCACAGUGAAAGACCUGAUUGGCUUUGGGCUUCAAGUUGCCAAAGGAAUGGAGUAUCUCGCAAACAAAAAAUUUGUGCACAGAGACCUUGCUGCACGUAACUGCAUGCUGGAUGAGUCGUUUACAGUGAAGGUGGCUGACUUUGGAAUGGCACGUGACGUCUAUGAUAAGGAAUACUACAGCGUCAAGGACAGCAAGAAAGCAAAGCUGCCAGUCAAAUGGAUGGCUUUAGAAAGCCUGCAGACACAGAAAUUCACCACCAAAUCAGAUGUGUGGUCUUUCGGAGUGUUGAUGUGGGAGCUGAUGACGAGAGGGGCCAGUCCGUAUCCUGAUGUGGACCCUUAUGACAUUACAACAUAUCUAAUGCAGGGCCGUCGACUGCUACAGCCACAAUACUGCUUGGAUUCCCUGUGGUCCAUCAUGCUGCAGUGCUGGAAUCCUGAGCUUGAGAAGAGACCAAGUUUCCCUAGUCUCGUGAAAGUCAUUCAAGACAUCCACUACAGCCUAGAGGGGGAACAUUACGUCAACCUCCAGAUCACCUAUGUGAAUCUGGACCAGCCCCGGCCCUACCACCCACUCUCUCCGGCCCCACCUUCUUCUGAACAUUCAGACCAGUCCUGACCCUGGUCUCAAAUGAAAUAAGCCUGAGCUGCGUUCAUCCUGUGGAUUCAGCGGCUCAUAUGGUCCUGUGAAGUGUGGGAACCUAAAAGCAUGCACUGAAGAUGAUCUGCUGUAUUUGGAGAAUCCCAAUGUGUGUCAAACUGAAUGUACAUUCCUUGUGUGUGAUGGUCAUGCAGCAUGCUUUUGUGACGUUUGUGCAUGGUGUUAGUUGCAUGGCCAAACUGGUGUCACAUCUUUGGGAUUUUAACAUUUUUGGCGGCAAGUGCACUUUUCAAAUGAAUUUUAAAUGUUAAACUUUUUUUUUAAAUAAAUGCAAGAAUGUUGUUUUUAUACUUUGAUGACAACUGAAUGACAACUGAAAAUCAUUUGUUAUUGCUCAUACUAUAGUAUAACACUGUGUUCUAUCCAGGUACAAAGCGGCAAAAUUCCAGUGACCAAACCAUUUUUAUGUCCACUCUGCCAGUGAAAAUGUCACCCUCUCUUAGUCAGUGUUUGAUGUUUAAUAUACAUGGGGAGUAGGUUUUGGUCCAAUAGGCUUUUAGUGGGAGCAGGGCUACCAGCACAUUGCUGCAGAAAUAUAAACCAAGUGAUUUACACAAUGUAACAAUGUAAGAGAUAGCUUUUGUCAUGUUGUGCCUGGUUAGGACACGUGGUUUCUUAAAGGCUGUGUGACAAAGAGUGAUAUAAUUACUUGAAAAAUGGUUUGAUCAGUUUCAUUUUACCUUUUUCCCAAUGUAAAUAAAGAGUUAAAAAACCAAGGUCUGAAUUUGACAUGAUCAAUGAGCAGUUGACAAGCUGCUUGAUAUCAUGAUGUCAAGCAGUGAUGUAAUACACCAUCUAAAACUAAUUUAAACUGUAUUUUCAAAUGAUUACGUAAUUAUGUGAAUAAUUGAGGAUAAUGUACCAGCAAAAUCUACAAGUAAGUUAUGAUUUUAUUUUCAUUGUAGAAAUUUUAAAUGCGAUGAUUUUUUGCAUAUGCCAGCUGGUG